AAUAACAAGUGAAAGUGCAAAACUAAAUAGCCAAAAAAUUAUUAAACCCAGCAAGAAUUCAUCUAUUAAAGCAGCCUCAUCGUGGCGGCUUCUGCCACCUUGCGGAUUAAGGUGAACUUAUUCGAAGUUCUUUUUUUUUGUGGUCGUUCGUUCGUUCAUGAACGAGUCAACAAAUAAUUGUAAACAACAUAAAAAAUGGACAUUGAUGCCAGAGCGAAGGAGAAGCCACAGUCUGGUGGAGCUGCUCCUCAAGCUGCGCUGCCAGCAGCACCAAGAAAUCUGAACGAGACGCAGGCGGAGGCGGAGGCUGAGACAGAGGCCUCGAACAGCUCGAAUGCGAAUGCCAGCGACUGGAUACACUUCUCGCAGUGGAUGCACUGCUUUUGCGUCGUAACCUUCGAUCUGAACCUGGGCCAGGCCCUGGAGUAUGUUUAUCCGCCAGAGUUCAUGCCCAGCGAUCAGGAGGUGAGCAACAUUUGCUACAUGGCCUUCCCCGACUCCAAUUCGGGCUGCAUGGGCGACACCAAGUUUCACAUGCGUCUGCGUGCCAUCGCAAAGCAGCCGCCACAGCAGCGGCAACAGCCACAGUCUCUGCCCAUCUACAAUGGGGACUGUGCACCGGCCUUGCGACAGGACAGCUCCCACUAUUGGGGCUUCGUUUACUUCCGACAGAAGCGGGAUGCGAAUCUGCCGCGCGGCUAUUUCCAGAAGAGCUUCAUCAUCAUCACCCGCCUGCCCUUCUUCAAUCUCUACUACGACAUACUGGCCCAACUGGCGCCCAAGUACUUUGACGAGGGCACCGACAUCCUGCGGCAGGCCUGCGAGCAGAUCAACAGCCAAUGGCCCGGCCUGCGCGUGGGCCAGACUCUCCACCUGCCGCUGCUCGAAUGCAACUAUCAGAUCUGCAUUCCGCGAGCGACCAGCAGCCGCAAGUCACCCACCGAAGCCAACGAAUUUGCUGCACCGCAGACGCUGGCCAGCAGCAAGGUGCUGUCAUCGGUCAACGAAAUCGAACUCUUCCGCUCCCUCAGCUUUGUCAUGGAGCAGCUGUACACGCUCUGGGAGCUGGUCAUAACCGCCGAGCCCAUUGUGGUGGUGGCCACCUCCCCCGCCGACUGUUCGCACAUGGUCCAAGCGCUGGUGGCGCUCAUCGCACCGCUGGAAUAUUGCGCCGAGGCUCGGCCCUACUUCACCAUUCACGACAGCGAAUUUCGGGAGUUCACGCAGGAGUGCUCCAGCAAGACGGGCCUGCCCGCCUGCAUUUUGGGCGUCACCAAUCCGUUCUUUGUCAAGCUGCUCAAGGAUUGGCCGCACAUGCUGCGACUGGUGGACAAUCAGAAGAACAUGCAACAGCAGCAGCAGCUGCUGAUGGGUCAGAAGAGUUCGCAUCGCAAUGCCACGUCCUUCGCCAGUGGCUCCUUGGGUGAGCAGUUGGCCAACAGAUCAGCAAUGAAGAUCACACCGGCACUGAAUGGCGGUGGCAGCUCAAAUGGUGCGGAUGGCAGCUCAUCGUCGGGGCUGCACACCAAGUACAAGCCGUAUCUGAAAAAGGACAAGGCGCUGAUCAAGAAGGUGCUGCUGGGGCUGAAGACCAAGCGGCCGGAGCAUGUGCAAACGGCGCUGAUACGGCGACACUUGCUGGAGCUGACGCAGAGCUUUAUGAUACCGCUGGAGCGGUAUAUGGCAUCGCUGAUGCCGCUGCAGAAGGACAUAAGCCCGUUUAAGUCGGCACCCAAUGCGAGCAGCUUCAAGCUGGAUGACUUUCUGGCAACCCUGGAGACGGCCGGGCCACAGCUGACGUCACCGCUCAAGGGGGACUGGAAGGGCCUGUACAGGCGCUUCUUUCGCUCACCCAACUUUCGGGGAUGGUACGAGUCGCGGCAUCGCGAUCUUCAGCUCACACUCCAGGAUCUACAGCUGCAGGCACUGUCCGAGGCGAAUCUGGAGCACUGGGCCCACGACAAGCAGGAGGUGGAGAUUAUCGAUAUGAUACUCAAGCUCAAGCAGAAACUGAAUCUCUACAGCGACAAGUCGCAGGGCCUGGAGGGCAUCGCCUGGCUAAGCGCCCACAACAACAGCAGCAGCAGCGGCAGCAGCAGCAGUGGCAGCCAUCGGAUGAGCACACAGCAGCAGAUCCAGGCGCAGAUUGAGUGCAUGAAGGGUCUGCUGCCGCCCGAUCUCAAGAAUGUGGUGAAUCUUUGAUCGUUUGUGCAGGUCCUUAGCUAAAUCAAUGGCGCUUCCCACGCACUAACCCCCCCUAACUCCCCUUCUAUGCGAAUGUGUCUGGUGCUUGGUGGGGGCAGUUACGGUACUGCGGGACGCCUCUUCAUAGUUGUAAAUACGUUUUAACUGUCUAAUCGGAUUUGAUUUAUUGCUAUAUCCGUGUCUAUAUUAAGUGUAAAAUAAACCUCAAACUGAAUUCACAAA